GGGUUUGGCUCUCGGGUUCUGUGGGAUGUUCGCGCCGCUUGGGCUGCCGUAGAGGGCCGGCCAAUGUGGAUGGUGAGCGGAAGACGGUGUCUGCGGAGUGACGACGCCUCCCCCAAGUAAUCAGUUCCGCGACAUCGGCUGCCGGCGUCUCAGCGGUAUCCCCCACCCCCGGCAUGGAGCCGAGCUCGGUGCCGGCCUCCGCCCUCACCCGGGACUGUCUGAUCCAUAUCUUCAGUCUGUUGGAGGCAGAUGAUCUGAGGCGGGUCUCGCAGGUGAACGAGGCUUGGAAUGAAGCUGCAGAUACUCCUUGGCUGUGGAGAAGACUAUGUGUGGAGAGAUGGAUCUUCUGCAGUCUCUCAAAUGUAGAUGAUGGAAUAAACUCCUGGAAAAAGUAUUACUUGUAUCGUUCCAAAAUAGAAGAGCGCAUGACAUCAGGGCGUGGCACAGCUGACUAUACCUGCACAACCUUCAGGGGUCACAGUGGUAGGAUCACUGGAUUGCAGUACUGUAGUAAUCCUGACAAUCAGUUUGAAGCUAGGGCUUGGAAAUCAGUGGUUUGUACAACAUCUGCAGACUGUACAUUGCGAGCAUGGAGCAUUCAGGAGGGCAAGCAACUAUGGUCAACAGCAGUACAAGAAGAACCUCUGGUAAAAUUAUCAACCCUUCCACAACAAGGCCUUGUGAUCACUGCAGACUCCAAAGGAAACAUUAAACUUUGGAAUGGACGAACUGGAGAGGAACUGGCUGUUUUUGCAACUUCAUGUACAAUUUGUAAUUUGGUGACCUACAACAUGGAAGACCAGCACUGCUUAACUAUUGGCACAGGGGGAGGAGCACUUAUCACAUUAACUAUUCCCAAUCUCAGCCAGAUCUCUCGCUUAUCACUAAUUGAUGGCAAACCAGUGGAUUUUUUACUGGUUUCACCCAAUCAUCAAUGGAUCAUUUGUGGCACAAAAAAUGUCUCUGCUAAGGUAUUGCGGACAGAAUAUUUAAUGGAUCGUGAUGAUGAUGGUAGACUGCCAGUAGACGCCCUACACGUAAACAACUGCUACACAGCUUGCUGGUUACCCAAAGCACCAUCAAGAGUGGUUACUGUGGCCAACAACAAUGCUAUGGUUUCACAAAAAAGUAUCAUUACUCUUCAUGUAUGUCAAAAAAGAAAACAUAAACUAGAAAUACAAGGUGAACAAGUUGGAAGUUUCAUUUAUGAAGAGCCUGGCAGGAAUGAUAUACUUGUAGAAGGCCACGGGAGUAAUACAAUUAUUAUAGCACAUAAAACAAAAGUGAAUCUCUUUUCCAUUGAUGGGGUACACCUUGCCAGUUUUCAAGACCACAACGAUACUAUCAGUGGGAUUUCUCUGGAUCCUUUCCGUGUGGUCACUGCCUCAAUGGAUUUGUCCCUUAGAGUAUAUACAUGGAAAAGGCGGUCAAACAAAUGUCUCCAUCUUGAAAGUAAUUAUCACUUACUUGGAGGAUCCCACAUGAAGUCCAGGGGAUUUACGAGUGUUGUCUGUGACUACGUAAGCAUAGUGGGUGCUGUUGAAACAAAAGAUGGUAAAGAUGUUCUGAAAGCAUACAACUUCAGCAUGUAAUUUAGUAUUUUUAAUUGAUUUGCAAAGUCAUUGAAGAAUGAAUUCUACAAAAUCAAAAGUGUUAUCAUGUAAAACAGCAAAGCAGGUAAUUUUGUAAAUGACUCGACUGUAUCUUAGUCACUAAAGUUUUUCUGCAAGACUAAAUGUCAAAAUUUUCUUGUCCUCCUUAUUCCAAUUCUUUCUAUUUUUAAACCUGAUUUGGUUAGUCUCUUUUUUCAAUCCAGAACUCUAAUUGGUGCCCAGUGGUGUUUGAAAGCAAGGAGUAAAUUUUAGAAAAAGGAAUUAUCAGCAGAAAUAUAAAAGGUGAAUAUGUACAGAUGUAAUAAUGGGGGAAAAGAACUUGAAAAACAAGUUAAAAUAUCAUCUUGCUGGUUAUGUAACUAUUUUCUCACCUCUACCUUCAAAUCUUUAAUAAUUCACUUUAAACAACUGUUCAAAGUUUCUUUUACCCUUCAGAAAUGAGAAAAUAUUUUUUUCUCAUCUCUAUUUCAAAAUAAAGUUCUUUAGAUUCAAGAUGGGCAUUUUCCACUUUAUUAAGAAACCUCAGGGCUUGUAUAUAUUAAGUUGCUUCUGAUUUCUUCUGAAUUCCACUGGAUACAAUCAGAACAAAUAAGGUUUUCCUCAACAGCAAUAGGCCCAUUCUAGAUAAUACUCUAGUAAACCUCUGGCCUGUUUCGAGGUAAGAGCAUAUUUUCUUAAAUAUGUGGACGUUGUUACAUAUAGUAUGACAACAGUGCUUUUGCCAUUGCCCUAUACAAUUGAAAUAAUCUCUCUACUC